AAUCCGUAACAGGGAAGUGGCUAGAAAGAGUGUAGUUAAUGAAAACGAUUCAUCUAGGCUGAGUUUUACAGUCAAUCAUUUGAACAUCAAUUGAAAUACACAGUCGUCGGAGGAUAUACAGUCUUCACACUACAUAAUAGCACUCUCACCUUUAUUUACCGUACCUAGAGUUGGCUUUUUCUCUCUAUGUUAAAGUGAAUUGAGUCUGCUUCAGUACAUUAUCAUGGCACCAAUAUAUCAGCCUUCUCAUAAAAGCAAGUAAGGAUCUGUUGAAACUCUCAUAAAUUGUAAGCCAAUCAUAACUCAGUAGCUGAAGCUACUGCAGAAAAUCGGAUCGAAAUGUAUAUUUUUCCCGUUCCCUCUUCUGCACAUAAAACUUUCCAGUGUCAAAAGACAAACUCACAGAUCAUGACAACCGGAAAUAGCGAUCUAUUCGGAUUUGACUUUAGUGAUGACGAUUUUGAAACUAAAGAAAGACAAACUGUCAAAUUUAUGCCUGACGGUUAUCAGCCUAAAAUAGAAACAGAUGGGUGGUUCCAUGAGUAUGGCAAUAAUAGUAUUGACGAUGUCAUGUUGGAACAACAUGGACCGAAUCAAAUAAGAAGCUCUAUCGAACACGAUUAUUUUUACAAGAACUAUGAUCGAGCUUUGUCAUCAGCACUUGCUUUUAUUAGAGUUGCGAAAUACGACGAAAAAUGUAAAGUGACAGGGUUGAAGGAAAUCACUGAUAUUGCCAUGCAUUGUGCAGCCAAAUUAAACAAACUGGAUCUUUUGAAUGAAUUGUUGGAUUAUGACCCAGUAAGUCUCAAGUACCAUAUCUAUGUAUACACAAAAUAUACUGAACUGGGUAGAUAUACAGAGGCAAUGGUUGCAUGUAUCUGUUAUCAUAAGGAAAGGAAGUUAGAUUAUAGAGUUUGGGCCAUAAUGGCAGACAUUUUUAUGAAAUCUGCAUCUUCAACGUCGACAGUAGUAGUACAAAACGAAAUGCGUUAUCAUCUAGCCAAUUUGUCUAUGCAACGAGCAAUACAUAUCGUUAAAAACUCACGGUGGAAGAAUAAUAUUGAUUUUGUGAGGAGAAGGUUUGAAAAGGACGUUGCUGGUCUAGAAAAUCGUUUACAAGAAACGAUACAGAAAGGCGGUAAUGCAGACAAAUUUGCAGCAUGGAUGGCGACAGCACCAACAGAAGAUGAUAAGGAUGCAGCAGGUCUAGCAGACUUUAAAUGGGAUGAUAUUGUUUGGAUUUAUCAAGACUGGGCAGUGCGAACGGAUAUUAUACUGGAUGAUGAUACAAUAAGAGCUGUCAAAGAUAUGUAAAAAAAUACCUCUACCUCCUUUAUAUAUGUCUACACAUUCAUGCUUAUCCACAGACCUUAAGUACCACGUGAGUAAUUUGAAGCCUAAAAAGGCUCACAUUUUGAAAAAAGAAUAAAUUUUAGUCGCUGUACAACAACUCGGUUCUCCUCU